CCUCCGCUGCCUCCCUUUCAUUUGCUGCUUUUCCCAUCCCGCCUGUGUGCGCCGCAUCCAUACCAAGAUCCACUGACUUGUUCUCCACAUGGCCCCGCAGCUUUCACCGGAUUUAAUUGCAUAAUUGCUUCAUAUCAGCAUUAAAGAAACACGGGGCCAUAGCUUCUGUCUGGCAGCUGACCGGCGCUUUUUUGGGUUUUAUUGCUCCACUACUCCUCCUCUCUAAGCAUCUGCCCACCAUCACACACACUCUUGCCAUGCAGGAGGUGUAACCCUCCUUCCUCUUCUUUCUUGUGUACCAUCAAAAGAGACCCUAAAACAGAAAGGAAAAAUAACAGAAUCCCGACCUGUGACCAGUCAAGAUGUCAGACCCCGAUGCCUCCUCGCCGGCAGACCACCCGCUGCCACUCACCUCCCCCCGGACCCCCCUGCAGCUCUCGUUCCCCUUCCAGAGGGAGGGCAGUCGGGUUUGGGAGAGGGAGAGGAAACCGCCCCAGCCUGGAGAGCUGCCUAGCCCACUGCCCACCAAACGCACACGCACAUACUCGGCGACAGUGCGAGCCAAAUCAGGUCCAGUAUAUAAAGGAGUGUGUAAAAACUUCUCCAGGUCUCAGGGUCAUGGAUUCAUACGACCCUCUCAUGGCGGAGAGGACAUCUUUGUCCACAUCUCUGACAUUGAUGGGGAGUACGUGCCUAUGGAAGGGGACGAGGUCACGUACAAGGUGUGCCCCAUUCCUCCCAAGAACCAGAAGAUCCAGGCUGUUGAGGUGGUGCUCACUCACCUGUAUCCAGGCACCAAGCACGAGACCUGGUCAGGUCAGAUCAUCAGCUCCUAAAGCUGUGCUCCAGGAUGCAAAGGUUGCAAUGGCAAAGGGGGAUUUGGAUUUAGUAUUCAAUUUUUUGUUUUUUGGGGACCAGGUCAAGGGUAAAGGGAUUGGAGUUGGGCGUGCGGCUGAAUUCAGCCUGAGGUGGCCCAGAUACAAAAGGUAAACUUUUGAGUUUGAGGUCAUGGCUUGAAAUUGAGCUUUGAAUGUACAGUAUGUGUGAAUGUUUUUCUCUGGCGGUCAUCAUUUGGAUUUGGGGUUUGAGAGUGAGGGUUCAGGGCUCGCUGAUUGAACUGUUACUUUGAUCUAAGGAAUAUUUUUAAGUUGGUGUUUGUUAGGGGAAGCAAAGUCUUCAAGGAGUCCAGAUGCUGAAGAGGCCAAAUCCCAUUUUGAGCACAUUUGACCCAGUUCAGCUAUGUUGACGCUCCGUUUUCCCACUACAGACAGGAGCCGAUGGAGUUCAGAAUUCCAAUCCUCCUUUUAUUUUCUUUCUUUUUACAACUAAGUCACCAACUGAUGUAAAUGACAUUCCACCAACUGUCAAAAGUUGUGUGAAAAAUGUACAGUUUAUCUAUGUUGUGUGUGUUUACAGAGACAGAUGGAGGUGGUUGCCUUACAGCAGAAUCAAAACGGGAAAAAUGACACUAGUAACAACCCUCUCUGUUGUUUAUGACCAGGAAGCAACAACUGCUCAAAUCUGUCUUCAUCUCACUGCCUUCAGAAAACAGAAACAUUUUAAGUGGUUUAACACAACCCUGCUAGUGCAUGGCUGCCAAAUGCACUUGCACUGGAAAGCAUCUUUGACAAAGAUCCAAAUAGCUCUUAAUGUGUUUUGGCCUCAAGAGCUGAAAUAAGCUCUAUAAAUAAGGAAUUAUUCUCCUUCUUAAUUUAGCGUUACUGUACUUUGUCUACUUGACAAGUAUAGAAAUGCAGUAUUGUUGUAGCCAGCUCCUAUGACGGUCUUAGGUUUUGGUGGUAGAGACCAUUUCUGGAUGUCUUGUGUGGGUCUGCCAAUGAGAAACCAGGCCAGAGGGUUUUUGGUUAGGGAAGGAAUCUGGAGUGGGAGGAAGGUUAGGGAACGGGCAGAGGAUGGAGUGAUUAUCUGUAUAUCAACUUGAGCGCUUGAUUUGAAAUGUUACGAAGCACGUGUGAUCAGGAAGACCACGUUUGAAGUCAGCAGUCAAAAUAAGCCGAUAAAGGAAAUUAAGAGUCGCCCUAUUAGAUUUUAAAGAGGAGGGUCAAGCUGAGGAAGAUGAACUGCUGAUUUUCAGGUGGAAGGUUUGAACAUCGGGGAGUCCUGUAAGUUUCAUACAUCACGGCAAAUGACUGUGAAAAUAAAUAAAAAAUAUAAACAACAGAGCAGCAAAAGCUUCCUAAAAAGACUAUUUAUUUAUUGACUUAUUUAUUUUCAUUCAUAACUAUAAGACCAUCAGGUGUUUGGUAAUUCAAAGCUGGAUUUAUAAGUACUUGUGCAAAUGUAAGCCUAUUUGAAUAUGCUGCACACAUCACUCUAAUGAUACUACCCUGUUAAUAUCCCUUUGCUAACUGUGAUGUCACCAUUGACAAACCUUUCCGAACACAAGUUUCUAAUUACCGCAUAAUCCUUGUCUAAUUUUUAAUAACGAUGUGAUGUUCCAAAUGACAAGCAGUUCAUUGUGUUGAUGUGUUGAUUCUGUUUCAUCAUGCUGUAUCGCGGCUGUGCUUCAGAGAGGCAUCGCCAUAGUAGCACACUGCAUCUGUUUGCUUUCUUUACUGUGAGAGAAACACGUCUGAUUUGUACCUCAAUGUUUGUCAAAUCACUGUGACACUGUAUUUUCUCAUCGAGGUAAAGUUGGAAUAAAAUCUUAAUACGGUAUCA